UCCCACCAUGGCGGCGGCGCUGCCGAAGCUGGGGCUCGACCGACAGCGAGGCGCCCGCCAACACUUCCGGGUCAGAGGGCGCGCGGCCGGCGGAAGUCCGGCGCCGUUGCUAUGGCGACCGCGGGGGAGGCGGCGGCGCUGGUGCUGGUGGCCGUGCUGUGGGGCAGCACCGGGCCGUUCCUGCGGACGGGCGCGGCGGGGCUGGAGGAGCUGCGGCACCGGGGCCGCCUGCGGCAGCUGCUGGCCGAGAUCUGCUUCCUGGGCCUCAACUACAAGUACAUGGUGCCGUUCCUGCUCAAUCAGUGUGGAUCGCUCCUCUUCUACCUCACCUUGGCAUCUGCAGACCUGUCCCUGGCGGUACCGCUCUGUAACUCCCUGGCUUUGAUAUUCACUCUGGUGACUGGGAAGAUUCUGGGAGAGGAUAUCGGUGGUAAAAGGGCUGUGGCAGGAAUGGCGCUCACCCUCCUGGGUGUCACUCUCUGUGUAGCUGGUUCGUGACCGAGGUGCAGCAAGCAGAGGAAGAGAAGGCGUUUAAACGUGACCCCGUGGCAUGAGGGGAGCUUCUGGCUCAGCUGCUGACCGCUUGGCUCUCAUUCUGACACACGGCUGCCUGGAAGCAUGACUGGACUCCCCGAGCACCAGUGUGGAACAAGGACGUCCCAUUUAGUGUCUUAAGGAAUUUUUUUCUGUGGGCGUUUCAAAGCAGGAUGGGAGGAGGGGUAGUAAAUGGUUAAUAAAUAAUUCAGAUUCUGGGAUCUACUGACUUUGUACAGAAGGAAUCUACUCAGGGACCUGUACAACAAUGCCAGUGCAGUUUGUUGCCGUGGAAGGAAGGAUCCUUUUCAGUGAACUAAUGAGUCCACAAUACCAGAUAGACCACAGAAAGACAAA